AUCUACUUCAUUUCAUUUCAUUUCAUUUAAUUUCACUUCACUUCACUUCACUUCACUUCUCCUCUUUCUUCUCACAAUGGCUCCCGGUUUAGGCUUCUACAAUCAAGCUGUGCCCCAGCUGAAAUCUCUCAAAGACAUGUCUCCAGAAGAACAAGGUGAAGCCAUCGCCCUACAAGUUAUGGGUUUCAUGCAGUCCUGUCCUGGUAAAACUGCUGUCUCUGGUGUAUCUGGUUUCUUUCUUGGUGGUUUCUUUGGUCUAUUCAUGGCCUCAAUGUCCUACGACGUCCCUGGUGGAAACCUAGAAUCGGCCUUGAAAUUUAACGAUUUGCCCUUCAAACAACAAAUGAAAAUACAGUUCUCUGACAUGGGCAAAAGAAUGUACUCCUCUGCCAAAAAUUUUGGCUACAUUGGUGGGAUCUACUCAGGUGUAGAAUGCUGUGUCGAAAGCCUAAGAGCAAAAGACGACAUCUAUAAUGGUCUUAUGGCUGGUUGUAUAACUGGUGGAGGUCUAGCUAUUAAAUCUGGCCCUGUUGCAACUGCCAUAGGAUGUGCAGGCUUUGCUGCUUUUGGUGCUGCAAUAGAUUUGUAUAUGAGAAAAGACUAUGCUCCUCCACCUCCAAAUGACUAUGAUGAUUAAUCCCUUUAAUCACUUUCCUGUUUUUAUCUAUUUCUCUUUUUCUGUUUGCAUUCAAUGAAUUUGUUCCUUCUAAUGAAACUUAAUGAAACUCUUUAAUGAUUCACUUUGUAUUUUUCAAGUUUUAUUUCCUUUGGUUUCUUUACAUUUUCCUCCAUCUCUUCACUUCAAGUUGUAAAUAA